AUGGAGGAGUUGUUGGAAGACAGACGGUCAACCGCCAUGUCCACCAGCAACCCCUCUUCUUCCCACACUCUCCGCUUCCUCGGCUUCACCAAACAACCCGAAUCCGCUCCCACACUGAUCCACGACCCGCUCGAGCUCCACGAGAGCGACGUCGUCUGGUCCUUCGCCGUCUCCACCGCCCCGCCGCCGCGCCACCACCACCAGCACCUAUUCAAUCCCGCGAACUCCGGCCUCUCCGCCGCCCUCUCCGACGACCACCGCCACCUCAUCCGCCGCAAAUCCACCGUCAGCCACGCGAUGCUCGCUCCGGCGGCCAGGCAGGAAGAGGUUCCUCCGCCGAGGUUCCACCAAUCGGCGCCGAUGAACGUCCCGCGGUGGCCGAAGGAGCUCCACCGGAGAUGCGGAAACGGCAAUUUGGACGGCCUCGACGAGGAGGAGGACGACGGCGCCGCUGAAGAGGAGGAGGAGGAGGAGAUAGUGCCGCCGCACGUGAUCGUCGCGAGGUCGCACGUGACGUUCUCGGUGUUCGAAGGCGCCGGGAGGACGCUGAAGGGCCGCGAUCUGCGCCGCGUCCGCAACGCCGUGUUUCAGAAAACAGGUUUUAUCGAUUGA